CUGAAGCAGCUGGACGAGAAGAUAGGCGACCUGGCCACGAGGCGGCACGAGCUCGAGGCCCAGCUCGCGGCCGUGAGGUCCAGGAUCGUCCGCGACGAGGAGGCGCUCGUCGGCGACGGCCAGCCCACGCACGCUGCCGCCCCGUCGCACGGGCACGACAGAGUGGGACACCCUGCCCACGGCCACGUCGCGCACGGGCACGCCGUGCAGCACGAGCCGGUGGCAG